AUGUCCCGGGUUCUGCUACUUAUUGGCAUGUUGUGGAUCGUUCUCAAUAUCUCACCUCCGUCAAAAUCACAAGAUUAUGAAAGCUUCAAGAAAAAGCAUCUAGUGUUUUCAAAAAAUAUCGUCAAGUGCAGAGAUGAGAUGAAGAAAAGAAAACUUACAAACGCAGAUGGUACAUGCAAGCGCACCAACAGCUUCAUUUACGUUAAUAAUGCAAAGGAUAAAAGGGCUUUGCUUGAUCUGUGUAAAGAUCAAAAGAAUUGUACAACGGUUGUCAGUAAAACCAAAUUCAACGUCACAACAUGUAAAUUAAAUGGGAAAAAUAAACCGUGUACUUAUCCCAACGCACGUCCGCAUAAAGAAACAAUUACCAUAUGUUGUGAAAAGCGUCCUGUGCACUUAGGUAGGUGCAUUAAAAGCAAGCUGGGGUGUAAACUAGAGAGAAAUUAA